AUGCACGAUCCACGAAUGAGUAAAGUUCAUUUCUGGGCACCAACCUUCAAAUGGGGAAUUAGCAUUGCUAAUCUAGCUGAUUCAACGAAACCCCCUGAGAAAGUUUCAUAUCCCCAACAGAUAGCUGUUACAGCAACUGGAGUUAUUUGGUCACGCUAUAGCACUGUUAUUACUCCUAAGAACUGGAAUCUCUUCAGCGUAAACAUUGUAAUGGCUGGCACAGGCAUUUACCAGCUUAGCCGAAAAAUUCAGCAUGAUUAUUUUAACAAGGAGGAAGCUGCUGUUGUGACGAAGGAAUGAUGAUGAAAAUUGUAUUUUGUAAGUUAAUAGAUUCGAGCUGUGAACGUGUACGGUACCAAUGGCUGGGUCUAUCAUUUUGCUAUCUGCUUGUGCUGUCCAUCGCCUUUGAUCUUGAAUCCCUAUAUACUUUUGGAUGAUCGAGGGAAAAUAAACGAAUAAUUAGUUUCUUGAUUUUGAUCAGGAGUGCGAUCUUUACAAGCUGAAUAUUGUCAUGGUCUAGCUUGAUUUGUUUGUUAUUAACCUUACUUCCAGCACAAACAAGCACGUUCUUAGAUUUAUGUUUAAAACAUUGAUUAUUUUCUUUU